AUGGAGUCAAAAACCGGCCGCUACAUCGCGUCCCUCCUCCGGCCCAUCAUCGAGAAGGUGGGGCCUGAAAACGUUGUAGCCCUUUGCAUGGACGGGGGCUCCAACUACGGGGCCGCCUGCAAGGAGCUGAUGGCGGAUUGGCCGUACAUCGAGUAUGUGCCGUGCGCUACGCACGUGCUCGACCUCCUGAUGGAGGACGUGGGCAAAAUCACGUGGUGCAAGGACAUUGUGGAUCGGUGCAGGGACAUGAUCACCUACGUCCGGAACCACCAUUUCACCCGCAAUUACCUGAGAAGUAGGAAGGUGACGGGAGGAAAGGGGAAGCAGCUUGUGAAGCCGACGGGGACCAGGUUCGGCACCAACUACAUCGCCCUCUCAAGGCUCGUCCAGCUGCGGUCCACACUGUCGCAGUUGGUGCUGAGCGAGAAGUACGCCAACUGGUCGGCGGGGGCUAGGAAGAAGCUGACGGCGGAUACAUUCCGCGGCCACGUCAUGGACGACGCAUGGUGGAAGAACGCUACGUACCUGGUGGAGCUCUUGGCGAUUCCAUUCAAGGUGAUGCGGGCCACGGACAGCAGCGCGAAAGGCAUGAUGGGAACCAUCUACGACGUUAUGCUGCAGCUGACCGAGGACGUGAACGACAAGCUGGAAGCGGGGGAGAAGAUUCUGCCGCGGGCGGUUGUGGAUGACAUUGGGAAGAUUGUUAGGCGCCGUUGGGACGAGAGCCUUGCUUGCGCCUUUCACGUCGUGGGGCGGAUCCUGAACCCGGCAAAUCAGGAAGAGGGUAUAUUCCGCAACGACAUGGAAUGUACACGCAUCUUCAAGGCGUUCAUCGCACAUCACUACGACGGCAAGACGUUCACCAACAAGGACGGUGAGGAGAGGCGGGCCUCUCUUGUUUUGCAGGAGGGGCUCACGGCCUUCCUCACCCUUGAUGGAUCCUUCGGCCUCCCUGAGGCAAUUGCUGACAAGGAGGCCGUGAAGGCAGGCAAGCACUCGAUGGUGCAGUGGUGGGGAUGGCACGGGACUGACCACCCCCACCUGGCCAGCCUUGCGUGCCGUGCCCUGACACAGCCGGUGUCGGCCUCGCCUUGUGAGCGCGGGUGGGCAUCGUGGGAGUCGGUGCACACUGCCCGCCGCAACAAGCUAGGCUCGGAGAAGCUCCGAGACCUAGUUUAUGUGACCCACAACUGGCACGUGGUCCACAAGUACCACAAGCGGGGUGAGUCACUGGCGGUGCUUCCGGGCAACACCCCUGAACCCGCUCUGCCGGAGGGAUACAACAAGGAGGAGGAAGGGGAGGAGAAGGAGGGGGAGGAGGAUGAUGCCGUGCUGACCGAUGAGUACGUGGAGUAA